AUGGCUCCGGGUUUCCAGACUACAUCAAUCCGAGACGUGGCCGCCCAGGUCGGCCGCUCCUUGACGCACCUCACAAAGCGCAUCAAAAUCCCGUUGACACCUACGAGUCCGCCAGGCCUGGUACAAGCCAACGCCGUUGAUCCCUGGACCCAGGCCGGUAAAUACGGAUUAGGAUGGACUUACUUUGCACUCUGUCUCAUGGGCUGUGUCCUCAUUGUUCGUAUUUGGCACUACUGGCAGGAUAAGAUUCGCCAGGCCAUCUACAAGCAGGAGGUUGAGGAUCACUACCAGAAUCUAUACAGCAUCGAAGCUGACUAUGCAAUGGCUAUACAGACUGGCCAGUCACAACAGUUCUUCCCUGAUGGUCCGGGACUUGGAAACAAACAGUUUAGGCCAAAAGCUCACUUCUCAUCUGUCGGUAUUGUCAACGAUACAUUGGCUUUGUUUCGAUGGGUCUUCUACCGUCCCAUUCCCGACAUUGUCUGGAGAAAGAGUCGGUUCACCUUUUCCUCCUUGGCAGUGUUGGCUUGUGGUUUCAUCGCCCUCGUCUUUGUCACGCUAUACUGUUUCCUUCAACAGCCAUUGUACUGGGAGAGCAUUCGAUUUGGCUCGCCUCCCGUGGCUAUUCGGUCAGGAAUGCUCGCCGUCGCCAUGACGCCUUGGAUCAUUGUCACCAGCAUGAAGGCAAAUGUUUUGACCAUGCUCAUAGGCAUUGGGCCAGAACGUCUCAAUGUGUUCCACCGCUGGUUGGGCUAUCUCUGCCUGUUCCUGUCUCUGGUCCACAUGGUUCCUUUUUACAUUCAGCCAGUGUGGGAGGAUGACGGUAUGACAGUAUUCAAUCAAAUCUUCCCUGAUGGUAGCGGCAUGAUUUAUGGAACGGGCAUUGCUUGUAUUGUACCGUUGAUUUGGCUCUGUGUAGCAUCUCUUCCGUGGUUUCGGCGAGUCGCAUACGAAAUCUUCGUCAUCCUUCAUAUCCCUGCCGGCAUUGCAUAUGUUGGCCUCCUGUUCUGGCAUACGAAAAAUGCCCUGAUGACUUGGGACUAUCUUUACGCCACCAUUGCGAUCUGGGCUUUCGCUUACUUGAUGCGCGUUUUCAAACUGAACUGGUUCAAACCAUGGCGCAACGCUUUCAUGGUUGGCGACGAGGCGGCAGUCACUCUGAUGGCAGAAAACGCUAUCAAAGUCACAAUUCCAACCCAGAUGAGAUGGAAACCCGGACAAUACGUUUACCUUCGGAUGCCCGGUAUCUCUCUCUUAGACAAUCACCCGUUCACCAUCUCAUCGCUUUGCAGCGAAGACUUCCCGUCAGAGUAUGGCGAGAAAUACCGUGAUUGUGUGCUUGUCUUCAAGCCCUUUAAGGGGUUUACCCGCAAAGUUUUGGAUACGGCUAUCGACAAAGGACCAUUCCACACCUACCGCGCUUUCUUGGACGGGCCUUAUGGUGGCAUGCGCAGAGACCUAGCUGCCUUUGAUACUUGUAUCCUCAUCGCAGGUGGUAGUGGCAUCACGUCGCUCAUGUCCCAGCUACUAAAUCUCAUCAAACGCAUGCGAGACGGUAAGGCUAUUACCAGAAAAGUAGUCGUCGUUUGGGCAUUUAAGAGAUUCGAAGCUAUGGAUUGGUUCCGAGAGGAGCUUCGUAUUUGCCGAGAAGCCGCGCCGCCAGAGAGUGUCACCUGCAAGUUUUUUAUUACCGGAGCAGUUCGCCAUCGUGAUGCCGGCCAAAUGACUGGCCCCCUUAACGGACAAAACCCUCGAGCCCUCAACCACUUGUUACAUGACAAGUUGGACGGUUUCGUGGCUGGUAUUGCCUCGAAACGCAACUCGGCUCUUAUUCAGGCCGAAGCGCAAGGCGACCCUGAAAGGGAACGUGAGCUCCGAGAGGAAAAUGAAGAUCGCAUUACCGCUCUCCCUCAGCAGAAAUAUCUCCAACCACAUCAAUAUCCUCCUCCACCUCCUGGCCCACCUUCGAAACCCAUUGGACCGAAUGGAUAUCCUGAAGAUAAGAAGCUAGAAGAGCACGAUGGGCAACAGCCCGAGGAGUUUCAUUUUCCUCCCAUCCACAGAGAAAAUCCUCCUCACUUUAACUACGCCCCUCCCAAUCCUCAUAAACCCACUCUCGAAAUCCCCGAAACCGAAGAUUUGUACCCCGUACGAGCACCCGAACUCGCCCAUUUGAGACAUUCUACCAUCUCAGAGGGUGGCAGACAGCGACCUACAUCUACGAUUGGGCCUCCAGCAGGGUUUGACUUUGGCUUUCCAGAGACCCCAACAGAAUUCCAAAAGAACUUGAUGAGAUCGGCCUUCCCUAUCCCCCACGAGAUUGAUGGCGGCUGGUCUAUGGAGUAUGGGCGCCCUGAUCUAGGGUACAUGCUCAAGGAAUGGGCAACAGGCGGUUCCGACGGGCGAGGCAUCCUGGGCAGAAGAACAGCGGUGUUUGUGUGUGGCCCUCCGUCAAUGAGAGUUGGCGUAGCAAAUACAGUGGCCAGACUGCAGGCAGAGAUUUGGGGAGACGAUGAGUUGGAGGAGAUUUUCCUUCAUACUGAAAACUAUGCCUUAUAG